CUGGAAUCUUAAGCGCGCACACAUAGUUUCAGACCAAAACAAAGCCACAACUAGCGGGAGCAUCCACCAAAUUUUCAUCAAAAGAUGUUUCUGUAUGUUCUCCUGUGCUGUGUCGGGGUCGUGCACUGUUACAGUCAUGGACGUGUCAGUGGAGUUUGUGAUACUAUGACGCCUAAUCACGGGUCUAACAGCGCUCAGACCGGCCCUGCUCCGUUCACCGUCACCGCUGACAAGACCACGUUUAAAGAGGGAGAUCAAAUCACAGUGUCACUAAACAACCAAUCAGCGGAUCAAUUUGAAGGGUUUAUGUUACAAGCACGUCAAGUCGGAUCAACUACAUCCAUCGGCACUUUUAAUGUGACAGGCAGUAAUGCACAGCUCCUCUCCUGUGAUGGAAUGGCUGGUAGAGCAGUCUCUCACACAUCAGACAGUAAAAAAACUACAAUUCAAGCGAAUUGGACAGCGCCUACAUCUGGACAGCUUGGCGAUAUUGAAUUCAGAGCAACGUUUGUAAAAAAUGCUUCUACCUUUUGGGUUGGUGUCAAGAGUUCUGUUGUGACAUAUACAGGAACAGCAACCGCAGCCCCGACUGUUCCAUCAAAUCCUGAUUGUGGGAAAACAAAAGUCUGCUUCAGUCAGCCCAGCAACUGCGACCCGACUGCCAGCACAGCCUGUUACUUCAUGGCAGUUCAGACAUCAUCUAACCAAUCAGAAAUGAGGAUCGAAAUGUUUGGGCAAGCUGAUGGAUACGUUGCUAUUGGGUUUUCAGAUGACCAGGAAAUGGGCAAUGACGACAUCUACAUCUGUGGUAAAGACAGCAGCGGCAGCCUCCGAGUGCAGUACGCUUUUUCCACAGGAAAAACAGCUCCGACUAUUCUCCCACCGGGGAAUGUGACUAAUGUCAAUACAGUGCUGAAUGGAAAUACUAUCAAUUGUUCUUUUACUUCACGUAAUGCCAUCAACACUGGAAGUAGAGCAACGUCUACCAGGGAGUACUACCUCAUGAUUGCUGCCGGACCCUCCAACAGUCAAGGUAACAUCGGGAUCCACACGAAUAAAUAUGUCACCAGUACCAAGGUUAAUUUACAGGAUCCAAGCCAGAUCAUCACAAGUGCUGAAGAAUUCCCAGCGAUUAUUAAAGCUCACGGUUGCCUUAUGUUGAUCUCCUGGAUGACCACGGGCAGUAUAGGGAUGCUCAUAGCACGCUAUUUAAAGGGAGCUGCCAAGGACUAUGGUUGCUGCGGCAAAGAUUUCUGGUUUAUGGCCCACGUGUCUUUCAUGGUUCUGUCAGUCACUGCCACGGCCAUUGCUUUCAUACUGGUGUUUUCUUAUGCACGGGAUUGGAGUGGGGGGGCUCAUCCUGUCUUGGGCUGUUUGGUGAUGAUCCUCAGUCUUAUUCAGCCCAUAGUCGCUGCUUUCCGCUGCGAGCCGAGUCAUGAACUGAGAUUUGUUUUCAACUGGGCUCAUUCCUUCAUUGCUUUAGCUAUCAAAGGCCUCGCAGUUGCUGCGAUUUUCACUGGUCUGGCACUGUUUGAAGAACAUAAGGAGGAUGGAUGGAUGUUGAAAGUUUUGGGAGGUUUUGUUACCUGGGAGGCCCUGAUAUAUAUUCUUCAAGAUCUUAACCUGCGCUCCAAGAAAAAAGGUUCUGAGAUGUGCAAUUUUGGAUCGAUGAAACCUGAAACAGUACUGCUUCUCCUGUUUUUAUUGGGAAACCUGGCUUUCUUAAUAGCACUUCUUGUUGGAAUAGGGAGGUCUUAAAUAACCUCAACAUCAACGGCCUGCCUCACUGGUUCUGAGACCAAUUUUUUGCCAUUUUGUUGUAUGAGUAUGUGUAUAUUUGUAUUUGUUACACUUUUCUAAUUAACUGUUCAUUUAAACUCUCAUAUAAGGCCAGCAGAAUCUCUACACCAUUUUUUGUUUAUUCUUUCCAAUUAGAGAUUCACCACUGUGCUUUGGAAUAAGGAAUGUAACUGCAUUAUGAUAUUAGGAGACUGUUCUUGCAAUAACUGUACUGUAAAUUGCUCAUUAAGAUGAAGGAACAAUAGUGAAAUUAUCUUGGGAUUUAAUCAAAGAAGCCAGAAAAUAAGUAUAUCUAUUAUUUCAUUUUAUUUUAUUUAAUUUUAUUUUAUUUUAAAACUUAACAAAUGUUGCUUAAAACAUUUAUGGAAAAGAUUUAACAUUUUAUAAAUAUUUUUAUGUAUUUUUUUAUGUAUGUAUUGACAUUAUAUUGUAAUUGUAAACUUGAGAGUAUGAGUCAUCCACACCCAACCACUAGAUGGCAGUGUCAUAAAAGGUAUUUUAUGCAAGUGUGUAAUAUAAUUAUUGUACAUUUUCAGACUAUUCAAGGUAUGAGCUGCGAAUUCUUAACUUAAAUUUAUUCGUACACAUUAUAGAUUAAUAAAUAGACCAUUUUGUUUGCUUUUUUAGA